AUGGAUAACCCUUCAAGUCCUCUAUCCUCUCCCGGCGGCUCCCCGCGCGAGUCGCCAUCGUCACCCCUCUCGACCCUCUCAAAUACGCCCUCCCUGCCCGAUAGAUCAGUUUCUGCCGUCGACCUUUCAAGGCGCUAUCCUUCGCCCAUGUCUACGACUGCCUCGGGAGCUCAAUCUCCAAUGAGGCUGACGGCCACCAUCAGUCUUGGCCAGCCUAUAUACGACAAUGAUUCCUCAAAGAGCGCGGAUGACGAGCAACCCCCAGCAAAAAGACGCAAAGUUUAUCAGCCUAAAGAACGUAAAACGGAAUACUUGAACUACAUGAACAAGGAGGACAAGGACAUGACAGAUGCGGAAAAGGCCCAGGAAAAGAGACUGAUUGCGGCCCUGCGGAAGAAGAAGAAGAUUGUCGUCAUUGCCGGCGCGGGUAUUUCCGUGUCAGCAGGCAUUCCUGAUUUUCGAUCAUCCUCGGGUCUCUUUGCGCGUGCCAAAAAUCAGCACAACCUCAAGGGCUCGGGCAAGCACCUGUUUGACGCGUCUGUCUACCGGCAUGAUUCAUCAACGCAAUACUUCCACUCUAUGGUCCGGGAAAUGGACGAAAUGACCACCAAGGCCAACCCUACUGCAUUCCACCGCCUGCUGGCAUCAUUGGCGCAAGAAGGACGACUGCUGCGACUCUACUCCCAGAAUAUCGACGGUCUCGACGCAAACAUGGAACCGCUGACUACUAAGAUUCCGUUGCCCCUCAAGGGCCCCUGGCCGGCCACCAUCCAGCUCCACGGUGGAUUGCAGCAUAUGGUUUGCAGCAAAUGUGGCAACGUGGAAAAAUUCAACAGGGAACUCUUUGAAGGGCCAGAGGCUCCACUGUGCAAUGCAUGCACGGUCGACGACGAAGUCAGAACGAGGCACGCAGGGAAGCGAAGCCACGGUAUUGGGCGCCUAAGGCCGCGAUUUGUUCUUUACAACGAAUACAACCCUGAUGAAGAGGCUAUUGGAAAUGUUUCUAGUGCCGAUCUGAAAGCUCGGCCAGAUUGUGUCAUUGUUGUUGGAACGACUCUCAAGGUUCCAGGCACGAGGAGACUCGUCAGGGAAAUGUGCCAGGUUACGAGGGGCCGAAGAGAUGGACUCACAAUCUGGGUCAAUACCGACGCGGAGCCCAAGGACGCGUUAUUCAAGGACUGUUGGGAUCUUGUUGUGCGCUCUCCGUGCGACAAGGUGGCUCACCUAGCGGCUCUACCACCGUGGGAUUGCGAUAUUGGCAACGACUAUCUCGUGUCUACAGAACAGGAUAGCCAAAACCAAGAACGCCUCAAGAAAACCAAACUUGAGGUUGCACUGCCUCUCAGCCAAUCCAGCACUGAUCACGAUCUCAGCCUGGACGCUAUUCCCACGCCACGACCCAGCCCUAAGCUUACCGCCAAGAAGCCGAUCAAACUCGCUCUCGGAAAAGAACCUCCGCAGAAUGGCAAACAAACCAAAGCAGCAAAGCCGCGCCCACGGAAGGCGAAGGCACCUGCCAAGCCCAAGGCACCUCCCAAAAACGCAGUCACGGACACAUUCAAAGCCGUCAAAAAUGUUCCCAAGGGAAAGACGGCAAAGAAGCUCGACGAUCGUCCUCAGCCUUUGUCGCUGCCACCUCUGAAAUCAGAACCUCUGAAAAUAGAGCUGGGCUUCUCUUAUGAUACCCCAUUGAGUGAUUUGAGCUCUUUACCUCCCUCCACCCCCGUCGGGUCUUCGCACCCAUACAAAAGGGAGACGAUAUCUCCCAAGUCUAUUCCUCACAACAUGCAAAAUUUGAUUGAUUGCUGA